AUGCCUGACCUUUAUGAAGGCCGCACCGGGAGGACUUGCAUGCGGCAGCUCCUGGAUUUCUACAAAUUUGCCACAGAUCAUACCGCCUCGCGCCCUGACUUCUGGAGCUUCUAUGCACAUUUGCAGGACGCCUCCGGCGACGACGCGGGGGCGCUGGAGAGUCGCCUGCGACAAUGCCGCGUGCUCCAGGCACGGCUUUGGGAAGAGAAUGACCCAGAGACUUUCACGGAGAAGCUGCAGGAUUUGAUGGAAUGUUUCGACCUCAUCGACAACACCUUGGACGAUCCUGCCACCAAAGAGAUCUCCAAGUCUCAUGUGGCGCCCUUUGGAUAUUUGCUGCUGGACGCGGCCAAGAAGCUUCAAGAGAAGCUGGCUGCCACCGUGCAGGAGCCUCCAUGGAAGCCAGCCGUGGCCCAGUUGCAGACCUUGGCGCAAAAGGCGAACGAACGCCGCUGA